GUCUCGCGACCGGCGCGCCAGUCUCUGCACGACCGCGGCACGGACAGUGUCGACCCGUUGCGAUGUAAACGCCUAACCUUCAAAUCUGUCUACAACGACAGCCUCAGUUGCGUGUGCACGAUAGUUUCAGUUAAUUUCCUCAUCAGUUUAUUAACUUUAUUUUUGUGUUACAAAUAACUGUUUUCUCAUCCGCCGCGCCGGAUUCACCUGGAGAUCCCUUCUGUGGCGACAUUGAUGGAGUUCCGCUUGGACAGCGCGGAGUACUGCCAGGCCCAACACAAAUAAACUGCAGGGCGUUUCGUGCGACGAGGGAGCGGAGCGUGCCACCGCUGGACCCAUGCUGCCGGGAGCGCGCGACACUACGCAUCCCAAGCGCUGUACCACGUACACCCACCCACAGUUACCUUAAAUUCGGAAGCCACCGUUAAUUGGAGCAUAUCAUUCAGUUGCCGAAGUUAGUGUGAUUACAAAACUUAUGUUUUUCGCAUAAUUUCUUUUAGUUCCAUUCCACAUUCUGAACUUUAGUUUGUUCGUCUCCGAAUGCGAUCAAGUGGUUGAAAGCGACAUCCAUGCGGGUGGUUCUCAUUAUAUAAUUGGACCCUUUCUAAACAAAAGUAACGAAACUGUCGUGUGUUGUGUGGAAAUAGAGUGACAGUUUGUCUGUUAGACUGUGACGGACCGUGACAUCUUUCUCUGACGCGUGUGACGUGACUACCAGCUGGGUGCUGUAUCUUGUGUGACCGGAGAGCAGCGACUCGAUCACCAUGAAGCAGAAGGACAUCAGGCCGGCGCCCUCUCUCAUCGAGUACAAGAACAUGCGGUUCCUCAUCACCGACCGCCCGUCCGACGUCACCAUUCAGUCCUAUCUUCAGGAGCUGAGGAAGCAUAACGUGUGCACGGUGGUACGCGUGUGCGAGCCCAGCUACGAUACGGCGCCGCUGAAGGCCGAGAGCAUAGAGGUGCGCGACCUCGCCUACGACGACGGUACCUUCCCGCCCGCCAAUGUCGUCGAUGACUGGUUUGAGAUUCUGCGUGAAAAAGCGCAGAACAAGCCUGAGGCGGCAGUGGCGGUGCACUGCGUGGCCGGGCUGGGCCGCGCGCCCGUCAUGGUCGCCAUCGCGCUCAUCGAGCUCGGCAUGAAGUACGAGGAAGCCGUCGAGACUAUUCGAGAUCAAAGGCGUGGCGCCAUCAACGCGAAGCAACUGUCGUACUUGGAGAAGUACCGUCCGAAGUCGCGGCUGAAGAAGAACGGGCACAAGGGGCCCAACUGCUGCGUGCAGUAGCGUCGUAGGAACCGUCCUGCGCCCGUAACAGCGAAUGUAGCUCUGCUUUCACACACACACUGACACAGGGGAGCAUAGACAACAAUCAAUUAGUUUUUUAUCCUAGUGUCGCCUCUUUUUGACGACUAUUUUCUUUAUUUUCUCGUUUCGUUGGGGGGUUGUAACCGAAUUCUGCCUUAACCUGCAAGAGCUUGGAAUUAGCACAUUCCUUUUGAGUUAAACCUGACACGACUGAGAAUUUGGUUAUGAUCUCGGUACCUUAACUACCCGUCUACAACAUGUUUAUCCCGGGUUUUCUAUAAAAUUUAAUUGAGAGCCUUAUUGUAAGCUAAUGUUUGUAUGUUGAAAGUAAAGGUGUAAUAAUCCUUGUGCUGUAACGUGUAUUAGUGGAAUAUGUUAAAUAGAAGCGAGCCACGAUUUGUGUUCAUAGUUGAAACAGUUACUCAGGUAUUCAAAUACCUAUAUUGAAUCAUAAUAAAUUUCAAUAUCCAUAAUAAUACGAAACAGUCAAUGUCACUUAGAUUUCUUUUCAGUUUAUUAUUAAUAUGUCGUUGUGUGGUGAAAUCAUGUUUUCCUAUUAUUUUCCUUUGUAGAGACUUAUAUUUGCCUAUAUAAUAAUAAUUUGAGACAUAAUAGAAAUCGUUAUGGUUUUUGUGUUUCUUAAGACAAUUUGACAUGAAAUUACCAAUAAAUUUUGCUUUUAUAAUAUAUUGUGAGAAAUACAAUGUUAAUUUGAAUGCUUUACUUAGCUUGGGUUGCCUACAAGCAUUCAGCCUUUGACUAGUUGCCCAAACGUGAUGAAAUUCUAAUCAAAUGCAAUAUAACCUGACUCACCGAAAAGUUCCAAUGAAGAAAAUAGCUCUUUGAUAUUAUUUUUCUAUUUCUAAUUUUAUGAAGAUUAUUAUCGAAAUAUAUGAGAAAAGUGUAACUACAAGAACUCACAUUCUUAAAUAAAAAUAUUUAUAAGCAAAA